AUGACAACGACUGCCGCCGAGAAGGCCUGCUUGCUUGCUUGCCGCCUUGCCGUUCCCCGUCCUGUCCUGCCUGCCUGCCCGCCUGCCUGCCCGCCUGCCUGCCUGAUUGCCUGCCUGAUUGCUCUACUGCCUGAUCAUCAUCUUCGGUGUCGUCGUACGGCGCGACUACUGCAUACGUAUCCAUCCGACCGACCGACCGACCGACCGAUCGCUCGCUCGCUCGCUCGUUGCCGGUCUGUUGUUAGUCCAACAGUCAUUGAUUGUCACCGUGCCGUCUGGUCUGUGUGGCAAUACCAAGAGUUAGCGUCGCCUCGUGCCUUGCCAGAUAGCGAGUUCGCUCCGAGUUAA